AUGGAUAGUCGAGCUGCAAGGCAUGUCCAGUUUCCCUGGUACUUGGAUCGAUCGAGAACCGGGUGCCGGAAGAAGAAUGAGCAGCAGCAGCAGAAGAAGAAGAACAAGAAGUGGGAAGUACGUGGUCCAAGCUGUCCGUGGCGGGUGGUUACUUUUCUCUUCUGUGGGGGGCACUACACGUGCGUAUCCGUCCUCGUACUCGGAUCGACCCUGCGUUGCUCGUGCUCAUGUUCGUGUGCAACCCAAUGCACACCACGUUCUCUCCCCCUCCCCCAAUGA